CGGCUGAGAUGUGUUGACUCGACAGGCACAUGUGCACCCGUGGUGCUGAAGGAACAGCUCAGUGAGCCCCGUCGCAAUGAAACAGUCCUCAGUCCUCCAAGUUUGCGUCUCGCUUCAUUCGCUCUGACCAUGAAGAGACAAAACAUCAGGACCCUCGUGUUAAUCAUCUGCACUUUCACUUAUUUGCUCGUCGGAGCGGCUGUUUUUGACGCUUUAGAGUCCAAGAUGGAGAUCACCCAAAAGAAAAUCCUGGACGAUCGGAAGCGAGAGCUAAUGGACAAGUACAACUUGAGCAAAGUGAAUUUUGACGAGCUGGAGCGGGUCGUGCUGCAGCUGAAGCCGCACAAGGCUGGAGUCCAGUGGAGGUUCGCUGGCUCCUUUUACUUCGCCAUCACGGUCAUUACCACCAUAGGAUAUGGUCAUGCGGCCCCCAGCACGGAUGGUGGGAAGGUGUUCUGCAUGUUCUACGCUCUCCUGGGGAUCCCCCUCACCCUGGUGAUGUUCCAGAGUCUGGGUGAACGCAUCAACACCUUCGUCAAGUACCUGUUGCACCGUCUCAAAAAGUGUCUUGGCCUUCGGAACACAGAGGUCUCAAUGGCCAACAUGGUGUGCAUUGGCUUAAUAUCCUGCAUGAGCACCUUGUGCGUGGGAGCAGCGGCUUUCUCCCGCUAUGAGGACUGGAGCUUCUUCCAUGCGUACUAUUACUGCUUCAUAACCCUCACCACUAUUGGUUUUGGGGACUAUGUAGCCCUGCAGAAGGAUAAUGCGCUACAAACCAACCCCCAGUACGUCGCGUUUAGCUUCAUGUACAUCCUCACGGGACUCACGGUCAUCGGCGCCUUCCUGAACCUGGUGGUUCUGCGUUUCAUGACCAUGAACGCUGAGGACGAACGACGUGAUGCCGAACAGCGUACGCUGCUGUCCCGAAACAGGCGGACUGGCGUUGCCGGAACCAACCACUGCAUGUCCGACCCACCGUCUUCAUCCACUGCGGGCCACGGAGGAGAGUCUGGGAAAGGGUUGUGUAACGUCUACGCCGAAGUGCUGCAUUUCCAGUCCAUGUGCUCUUGUCUCUGGUACAAAAGCCAGGAGAAGAUGCGCUACUCGAUUCCCAUGAUUAUCUCCCACGAUCUGUCCACUUCAGACACCUACAUGGAGCACAGCGAGACCUCCGACGCCCUCCACUCCAACGGCUGCGUGUGCAGUGCCUUGCAGGAGCACUCGGCCACCAGUUCGGGGUACACAGGCCUGCUCAGCCCAGCACAUUACCGAAGACUCUCCAAACGGCGCAGCUCCAUCUAGAGGGCUGGAGGAUGUAUUGCAUGUGAAUCUCUUUCGCCUUACGGAACCAACCACUGUUAUACUUGGGGUUGAAAAAACGCUGCUUCUAAGCUGCUCAGAUCUUCUGUCAGCCGAAUAUAUGUAAUGUAGUGAUAGAUGGGGCAGGGCAGCCUGUCAGCAGGUGCUGCUUGAGGACCGGAGACAUAGCAGCGUGCAAUAAAAACAGGGUAAAGCCUGUAUUAUUUGAGGUACACUUUGAGGAUUUCGAGAAAAGACAAAACUCAAACUGCUAGCUCUUCACUGAACUCAAGAGUAAAUAGAAACAAAUGCAGGUCUUUCAAAACCAACAAGUCCCAAAGUGUCAGGCUCUUCUGGUUUUGAUUUGAAUAGAUAGUU